AAAAGUGCCAUCUUAGACCGCCAUGUUGAAUAGAAUUUCAAACCUGGUGGCUGUGAAGCAGCCCUAGACCACAAAACAGAACAGUUUUGUGCCCUAGACAGAAACUUGUCUAGGCGAGUGACUGGAAUACUCUCGGAAUUACAUAUUUUAAAAAUGAAUAUUGAACUCACAUUAAAUCCCAUUUUACCUGCCUUUUCUCCAAUUAUCAGAGAAAUAAUAAGAAAUACAUUAACGGAUCUGGAUUUUGGUAUCUCGGGUCAACCUUUAAGAAUUAAUGCUGGAUCUACAAAAAUGUCACCCAAUGAAUACAUGGAAAAGUACAUCGACAGUUUUAAGCUAGAAAUACCUUAUGCAGGGAAAACUCUGGAAUGGGAAGUAAUUUUUCAAGAAGAGGAUUUUGCGUACGCGCCCGAUUUUAAUUUUAUUAAUGAUUCGUUUCUGUCUGAUCCGGAUGUGAACGUGAUCAACGAUCAUGUGCCCAGCCUUUCCAAAUGGAACGUUGCAGAUAACAAAUGCUUCAACAGAGUAAUUCGCGAAUUUCUGGUGUUGUAUAAGGAGUUACAGCUAUUGAAAUUUCAAACGGAAACGUGUUACUCACGACUUUCAAGUGAAUAUGAUGAUCUACUUAAGAAUUCUUCUUUAUCUAACACGGAUGUAGAGCUCUACAUUGAUACUGCAGGUGCCGUACACAUCCUCAUGCCUAUCCUGGUAGACUUUACUUGUAUUCCACCCUAUGUUCAAGAGCAAAAAGGAAGUGGAGAAUGUUUAAAUCCGCAUAAAGAUAUAGCAAAGUUAAAGAUUUCAUUCUCAAAACCUGAGUAUAGUAAAAUCCAAAGUACUUUACAACUUACCCCACGCCUUGAACAAGUAAUUGGAAGUGCUACUAACCUAAGAAUUCCAGUUUAUAAAAAAGACACGACAUUGUCGGCCUACGUUACCGAGAUAACAAAAUUAUUAAAAAAUAGAGUAACAUUCCUUGCAGACCACUACCGCAUGAAAAACGACUUCAUUACAACUUUAAUUGCAGAAUGCGGCUUAAACAUUGUAGAAUAUGACAACAUAUUAUUUUCAAAGGCUACUUUACUAUUUAAUGUUAACGAAGUAUAUGCAUUAGUGAUAAUCUGUCUUGGUGACAAAUUUCCACAAGAAAAACCUAAACUUACACUGAACUCCAUUUAUUAUUUGAAGAACGAUAAACCGUACUCCCAAAUUUUAGAUGCGUACCCUUACAGUCCAAGAUGGAAGUGUGACGAAAUAAUUAAGCGUUUAUUGAUAUAUCUUCAGGAACAAAUACCUAAGUUUCACGCUGUGGCCCAACAAAAUUUCAGUAUUUAGUGUAUUUUUGAAAUGUGUUUAUUAAAGUUUUGUUAACAUCA